GUUCCCAGGGUUCCGUGAGAGUCGUUUGCCCCACCCCACCUCCUCAACGCUAUCUAUCUCAAUGUACAAUUCUCGGAGAAAAAAGGGGGCAAAAAUAAUUCAGAGUAAUACCGCAAAGAAACCCACUCGCUCUUCCCCGACCGGUUUUAUUUUUUUAUUUUUUAACCGGAGCUGCCGCGGCCCGUCGGUGGUGAAAGCGACUGUCUCUCCGCUGGACCAGUGAUUGAAAACACCGCGGUAUGUUCAUGUAUCGUGCACAUGUAACCGUAAUUUACCAUACGGAUUCAAAGGGAAUACAAAAACCUGAGAGACUUGACAGCGGGCUGUACCUGCGCCAAACGGGGAAAUAACGGGGAGGAUUUCCACGAAUAUCACCUGGAUAUCGCGUUAUAUUCAAGGACAUCCAGCUGCCAAAAAAAAAAAAAAAAAAAAAAAAAAAAAACCUACCGGAGAAGCUUUCAGAUGUGAGGAGAAAAUACAAAUUAACGUGGAGAAAAACGGACGGAGAAGAGGCCUUUUCUUUUUCUUUUUCUUUUUUUUUGUGUCUGUUCAAAAAGCCAGCACCAGCAUCUGUUGACGGGGAGAGGAAAUAUAAUUUCUUUUUUUUUGGACAUGACAGGUUAUUAGCCUAUUGAUAAGUCUAACGACUACACCCUAACAUAAUAAUAAUAAUAAUAACAAUAAUAAUAAUAAUAAUAGUAAUAAAUACGGGGUAUAAUGUGACGGGUUUCACAGAGAAAGGAGCUCCGGUGUAGCUGAUGAUUCACAUGCCGUCAUUUUAGGAGGAAAUAUUUAUUUUUUAAUUUUAUUUGUAUUUUUAUUUUUUUUUUAUUACAGCUGCUCUCUAACGUGUUUUAAUUAGGCGAAUUGCAAACGCUUAAACAUAAUAAUAGCUAUAUUUAAAAGGGUGGAAAUAUAUAUAUGUGUGUAUAUACUUAUAUAUAUACACAUGUAACACAUACAGUAUAUACGUAGGGCUGGCUUUGGUUGUGAGUGGAAAUGAAUGGCAGUGUGAGACAUCUACCGAAGAUGGGCUCCGGAGGAGACAUCUGCUGAGGGGGGAAAAAAAAGUAAUAUAUAUAUAUAUAUAUAUAUAUAUGUUUUUUUCUUUCUUUCUUUCUUUUUUUUUUUUUUCUUUCAAGACGGGCGUUUUGACUUUAAGCCUGUCUAAGGAAACUGGACCAGCGCCGUUCAUUCAUGUGCUUCAGUGGGAAGCUUGGCAGUUCACUCUCAUAUCAAUGUGGAUGACUUCAUUGCGGAUUUACAGUGAAAAACACAGGAAUCAAGCGUCUGAGAGGGCGGCAGCUCCUUUCUCACUGAUCCCUUUGCUGAUAAUUUGCCAGUAAAUACCCACAUCCAUCCAUCCAUACAUACAUACACACUGUGCCAGAGCCUGUCGCCGUCUACCUGGCUAACAUCUGCUUCAUCUGGCAACAUAAAUGUCUCCCAUUUUGAGCCAGGUGUUCCUCUCUUGGGCCGGACUAGGAAUUUAGGGUUGAUUGAUUUUUUUUUUUUUUAUUAUUAUUAUUUUUUAUUUUGUCCCCCCUCUUCUGAUCAGCGACCCCCUUUUCCUCCUUCCUACUCCACCUUCCCCUCACCCGUCCGACCACCCUGCCUUAACCCCCCGGACCUUUUGCCCGGUUUCUGGGAAGAUGGGCUGUCUUGGCAAUAGUAAGACUGAAGACCAACGAAAUGAGGAGAAGGCACAGAGGGAAGCCAACAAGAAAAUAGAGAAGCAGCUCCAAAAAGACAAACAGAUAUACCGGGCGACUCACCGGCUAUUACUAUUAGGGGCCGGUGAAUCCGGGAAAAGCACGAUAGUCAAACAGAUGCGAAUACUGCACGUUAAUGGCUUCAACGCAGAGGAGAAAAAACAGAAAAUCCACGAUAUUAAAAACAACAUUAAAGAAGCUAUAGAGACGAUCGUGGCUGCCAUGAACACACUCACGCCUCCCUGCCAGUUAGCCUGUCCCGCAAACCAAUCCCGGAUCGAUUACGUCUUGCACCAAGUAAACCGGAAGGACUUUGAGUUUCCUUCGACGCAUUUGUUGCCAACACCCACCUUCAGACUGAUGCCACUAAAAAGCGAGGAGUUUUACGACCACACAAAGAUCCUCUGGCAGGACGAGGGUGUGCGGGCAUGCUGGGAAAGGUCCAACGAAUAUCAGCUCAUUGACUGCGCGCAGUACUUCUUAGACCGGAUUGACGUGGUGAGGCAGAACGACUACACACCCACUGAUCAGGACCUGCUGAGAUGCCGAGUACUGACGUCUGGGAUCUUCGAGACAAGAUUUCAAAUAGACAAAGUCAAUUUCCACAUGUUCGAUGUCGGAGGUCAGAGAGAUGAACGCCGAAAAUGGAUCCAGUGUUUUAACGAUGUGACGGCUAUCAUCUUCGUGGUGGCGAGUAGCAGCUACAACAUGGUGAUCAGAGAAGACAAUCAGACUAACAGACUACAGGAAGCUCUCAAUCUUUUCAAGAACAUUUGGAACAACAGGUGGCUACGGACCAUUUCGGUAAUCCUCUUCCUGAACAAACAGGACCUACUGGCUGAGAAGGUUUUGGCAGGGAAGUCCAAAAUCGAGGAGUAUUUCCCAGAGUUUGCACGCUACACUACACCUGAUGAUGCAAUACCCGAACCAGGUGAAGAUCCCCGCGUUACCAGGGCGAAGUACUUCAUACGGGACGAGUUUCUGGUGUGUACAAAGCUCAGAUUCACACAGAGGAUCAGCACAGCCAGCGGGGACGGUCGCCACUACUGUUACCCCCACUUCACCUGCGCGGUCGACACGGAAAACAUCCGGCGCGUCUUCAACGACUGUCGCGACAUCAUCCAGAGGAUGCACCUACGGCAGUACGAGCUUUUGUGAUGAGCAGCGGCGCCUGCUCUACUUAUACACCUACCUAGCACCCCUCCCCCCUCCCCCGCCACACACACACACACACACACACACACCCCUUCCCCUGCAUCACCCCUCCACCAAACUUCACCUAACAACUGCCCGCCUGCCCUCCCUUCCGAACUCAUCCAACUUCUCCUGGUAACACGGCUUCAGAAAAACGUGAACUGUGGAAAUACUUUUUUUUUUUUUUUCAAUUUAAAAAAAAAAAAAAAAAAAAAAAGAGGAAAAAAUGACGGCUACACCAACAACAGUUUGAUCAACUAUUAUUCUGGACCUGGACAGACGACUGUACUCCAGCUACACUUUGACCCGGGACAGAGGGUCGGGACUGGAAUCCCUCAGUGUAGACGAUCUCUCCUUUUAGCUCUCUCUCAGAUAUAUAUCCACACACAGAUACUCGCAGGUACACACACUACUACGGAUAAUAAGACGUUCAGACCCAUAGGUGGGUUUUAAUAUCGCAGUCACACACACACACAUAUGCAUAAUGGUCGUUUUAAAAACCUGCUUUUCACAGUCGGCAGCAGAGGCUGAAGUGAAUUUCAUUCUGAGAGAGAGGGGAGUUUAUUCACCGCGUGCUGACGACGAAGGAAGGCAGAGAAGAAGAAGAAGAAAGAGAGAGAGAAGGGACACGGAGGGCAGCAAACUGACACAGAGCAGGGGCUGUAAGCCUUUUUAUUUUUUGCGCCCCUGGAGGAGCGGAGAGACGGACUAAUUGACUAAUGGCUGCCUGUGGACGUGAGCGUGACUCGAACAUAAGACCACAUGGCUCACAUGACCUGCUCUUCACGAAAGGAGGGAUGGCAGAGAACGACAAAAAAAAAGGAUUAAAAAAAAUAUACAAUGCAUAACUUCAUGCAUACCAGUGAACUUAAUGCAGUGCAAAAAAUCCAAGCUAUAUAUAUAUAGAUAUUUAUAUAUGUGUGUAUAUAAAUAUGUAUAUAUAUAAAUAUAAAUAUUAUAUAUUCCUGUAAUAACACAAUUCAACUUUUAAGUUUUUGUUUUUUUCCCUAUGUUGUGUGUCGGUGUACACUGUGUGCGUGAUCUGCCUUUGUGCACCAUUUAGGCCCCUGCCCUCCCCUCAUCUCUACACACACACACACACACACACACACCAAUAUAUGCCCCUCUUGCCCCUGCUGCUAUAACAACUAUUCAACAUGUGGGAAAUAAAAGGAGAGGGUUUAUUUAACGAGGAGAUGAAAAAAAAAAAUCAAAAAGGAAGCAUGACGUUAAGGACUUGUCGAGACUGGACGCAACACUUUUACCUGGGAGCACACACAGACACACUAACACGCGCACACACACACACGCGCUCUAGCUCUCGUCGAUCCCCCUCCUUAUCCACACAACAACAACAACAACAACAACCACCCUCUCCCCUUUUUACCUCUCGUCUUGUCCUCUCACCUCUCGUACUUCCUCCCCCACCCCGGCUUUAAGUACGUCUGUCUUUUAUUUUACUGCUGGACUAUUAUUCUUGUACAGACUGUAAAAUGUAUUAUUUUGUACAACUUUAUUGAAGAAAAAAAAAAUAACUUGUA